UAGUGGUUGGUCUGCCUUCUUAGCUGGUUGGAUUAGAAGCGGGCAGACUCGUUUGGCCCCGCAUGCAAACCCGGAGCGGUGGCCAUGAGUGUCGAGUUCGAGGUUUCCUUCUGUGCGGACCAGGCUCCACCCUUUCGUCCUGCUCCGGAGGGCGUGUUUCAGGAGAGUGAGGUUCCGGUCCCUAUGCUCCCUGACUCCUGUACCUAGUUGGCUGCCAGAUCAGCAUGAAAAGAUUAGUAGAUAAGAGUGGACAUUGUUCAAGCCAACGGGGCUGUUCAUCCUGUCGGGAAAGUGUUUCUGCCAGAAACGCCCGCCAAGAGAAACUUUUGAGGUGCCCUACCAGUGUCCUCAGCGGGCCUUAGAAUGCCGGAAGCGAGCCAUGAUUCGGGUGUGCUGGUUGGUGAGACAGGACAGCCGGCACCAGCGAAUCAGACUUCCCCAUUUGGAAACAGUUGUGAUUGGUCGAAGCCCAGAAACCAAGAUCACAGAUAAGAAAUGUUCCCGACAGCAAGUACAGUUGAAAGCAGAGUGUAACAAGGAAUAUGUCAGAGUAAAGCAGGUGGGGGUCAAUCCCACCAGCAUUGACUCAGUCAUCAUUGGGAAGGACCGAGAGAUGAAGCUGCAGCCUGGUCAGGUUCUCCACAUGGUGAAUGAACUUUAUCCAUAUGUUGUAGAGUUUGAGGAAGUGGCAAAGAGCCCUGACCUAGACACACAAAGGAAGAGAAAGAGGUCAGACAGUGAUGGUGAGGUGAUGGAUGCUGCUCAGGAAGCGGAGUCUGGGACAGGGCUAGCACCUGGGAACAGACCCAGCCAAUGCUCUGUACCCCCUAAGAAGGGCAAGGAUGGAGCCACCAAACAGGAAUCACUGGGCCACUGGAGUCAAGGCUUGAAGAUUUCUAUGAAAGACCCCAAAAUGCAGGUUUACAAAGAUGAUCAGGUGGUGGUGAUUAAGGAUAAAUAUCCCAAGGCCCGUUACCACUGGCUGGUCUUACCAUGGGCCUCCAUCUCCAGUCUGAAGGUUGUGACCAGCGAACACCUUGAACUUCUCAAACAUAUGCACACUGUAGGAGAGAAGGUGAUUGUAGAUUUUGCUGGAUCCAGCAAACUGCGCUUCCGAAUGGGUUACCAUGCCAUUCCCAGCAUGAGCCAUGUGCACCUUCAUGUGAUCAGCCAGGACUUUGAUUCUCCUUGCCUUAAACACAAAAAGCACUGGAAUUCUUUCAAUUCAGAGUACUUUCUGGAAUCACAAGCUGUGAUCAAGAUGGUUCAAGAAGUUGGCAGAGUGACUGUUCAGGAUGGGACUUAUGAACUCUUGAAGUUGCCUCUUCGUUGCCACGAGUGUCAGCAGCUGCUGCCUUCCAUCCCGAAACUGAAAGAGCACCUCAGGAAGCACUGGGAUGGAUGACCUUUUCCUCAGCACCUAGUGCAGCACUAGCAUAUGUCUACAUUGACUGUGCUCUGUUCAGUCCUGAACUAAAAUAGAACUUUUCAAAGCAAGGCUUAGUUAUUCUUGAGCAGCCACACAUAGGGUGACUGGUUAGUUCAGGAACUGGGAACCUGGGUUUGUAUGGGUAUAUUUUCUGGUUAUGGAGGCUGAGGCAUGCCUGAUCACCCUUUCUAGGACCAUGUAAGGCCUGACUAAUAAGAGGGCAAAGCCAUCUUGAGACACAAAUGAAGGAUGUAGAAGCAGAGGACUGGUAAUAUAUUUUGUUCCUACCCCUGCUCCCAGAUCAUGUAGUAUCUUUUCAUCAAAGUAGCUGAGGUUCUGAGAGGGCCUAGUUCUCUGACUUUAAUCUACUCUGUGAUAGUUUUCUUCUCUCCAUGAGGCUUUAAAUCUACUGUACCAGGCUGAGCAUAGGUAAAAAUGUGUGACAGUCAAUCUGCACAGAGGGAGGAAUUGUGUGUGAGUGUGCUGCCAGGGCAGAGGAAGUGGUAAUAUUUGGGUACAGUACAGUCUGUGCUGAGAGCAGCAUGCUUCAGGCAGAGAGUUUAUUGAGGCUUCUGCUGCUGUUGUUGAGAAUUACGGAACAUUUAACCAUACUUCAGAUAGUUUCUCCAGUGUACCAUGGGAAAAAUAUGUUGCAGAGAGUUCAUUUAAUUUCUACCUAAUGCUAUAUAGUUUAGCACAUCAAUAUUAAAAUGACUAUUUUAUUAUAAACGUCAAGGAGUGGCUAUAUCAGACAGUAUAAGACUUUCAGUUGUAAUGAAGACUAUUUAGAGAAUGAGGUAACUAUGCUUACAUUCUUCAUUUUGCCCAAAAUAGAUUUUUUUAUUUUUAUUUUUUUUUUAGGGCUAGAGAGAUGGCUUAAUGGUUAGAAUGCAUGCUGCUCUUCUAGAGGACCUGAAUCAUUUGUUCUCAGCACCCACAUCAGGUGGCUCACAACCACCUUAUAGCUUCAGGGCAUCUGAGACCCUCUGACUGCUGUGGGCACUAUAUUCAAGUGCAUGAACCUGAAUACAGGACACAUACAUGCAUACGUAAUUAUAAUUAACCUGUAAAAAAUCUUUUAAAAAUAGAUCUCAUAGAAGAAAAAAAGUGUAAAUAAUAACUUGGAAGAACCAGAAAAAGGAUACAAAGUAUUGAGGUAUAUUUAUCCCCUAGUCCUCCUCUCCCUAAUGGGCUGUUAUCACUACAGGGAAGACUUUCUGAACUUUGGAUUACUUGACAGAUUUAUCAUUGCACAAUUAGUGAUGAUGGGAGAAUGCAGACCAGAAGAAAGCAAGUCACAUUUAAAGCCAGGCAUGAUGGCAAACUGCUUAAUUCCAAAAUUUAGGCACAGAGCCUUCAAAGUCUCUCAUUCUUAGUUAUGAGUCCAUAGUCCUCAAUGACACUGCAAAAAUGGAUGUCCAUAGUCUGCUACUGCAGGAGGUCAUGUUAGUGUCUAUGGUCCCGAUUGCCACUGGAGGCCAUGUUGAUAUGAGUGGCUUGUACUUCCUCUGAGGGCCAUGUUGGGCUCUGUGGUCCUGCAGCUGAAGUCUGUGUUGAUGUCCAUGGACUGUGCUACCGAUGAGGGCCAUGUUGGGUCCAUGGUUCUGCUGCAGUUGGGAGUAUAGGUUGAUGUCCGUGGCCUGUGUUAGCACCAAAAGCCAUGUGGAUGUCUGUGGGCUGUGCUGGCGAUGGGGUCCAUGUUGAUGUGAGUGGCCAGUGCAGCCACGCUGAUGAUUGUGGUCCAUGCUGCUGCUAAGGGCCAUGUUUGAGUCCAUAGUCAUGCAGCAGCUGGGUUGAUGUCUGUGGCCCAUAUUACCACCAAAAGACAUGCAGAUGUUUGUGGUCUGUGCUGCCACCUGAAGCCAUGUUGAUAACUGGGCUGGGCUGCCUCUGGGAAAUAUUGGUGUUUGUGGCUCUUGCCCUGGAGGCCAUGUUGAUAUCCUUGGCCUGUGCUGCUGCUAAGGGUUGUGAUGAUGUCUGUGGCCUGUGCUGUGGCAGAGGGCUACGUUGCUGUUUGUGGUCUGUGCUGCCAUUGGAGACUAUUGAGGUCUGUGGCAUGUGCUGAUGCCAGAGACCAUGUCACAAACCUGUGGAAGUCUGUGAUCUGUGCUCCUGCUGAGUGUAAAGAACACGGAAGCUACUUCUGCAGUGGAAUUGAUGACUGCAGACUCACAGCUGAGAACGAGGGACACAGAAGGCUUCUAUAACAACUGUCCCUUCUCCCCGCAAAGUAAUAGCCUAGACAGAAAACCAUUGAAGAGAACUUUUAAAAAUUGUGAUAAGGGCGCUGAAGUGUAGCUCUCCACAACUGAUGACUUCUGGUUGAGUGUGGGAGGGGAAAGGCUCAGUUUUCUUUAAGGGGCUGGACACUGGGGCUUUGACCAUGCUCCCCUGAAUAUUAUGGGCACAACAAAUUAGACUUUUUGGGCAGGUGGGAGGGGCAGGGAGAGAGAGAGAAAGAGAGUGUGGUCAGACCCUGUAGGACUUGGAAGUUGGUGUGAUGUGGGCAUGAUAUGAAAUUUUCAAAUAGUCAAUAAAAAAUUUUGUCAAAAAAAAAAAAAAAAAAAGCUGCUCUGUCCAAGCAGCCAGUGGCUGUAUGGAUCAUGAGCAUCAGCAUAAUUUCUGGUGCAGCAUGGAUCUCAACAUGCUGAAAAUUUCACAUGAUUUCCAACAGCUGCAAGGAUCACAGAUGUCAGCGUAGUUUCUGGAGGCAGCAUGGACCAUGGAAAUCUUUCGAGGAGACUUAACUAGAAAAUGAACCAUUCUUUGUCUCAAUUAUCUUGUUGCUGCUCAGAGUCAGGGCAAUCCUGUUGGCUAGUGUGUCAGAGGCAGGACCUACAAGAGCUCCAGGCUGCUGCACUCUACCUGCCCAUGGCUUUAACCACCCUGCUGGUAGCCUGAGUGCAACCAUCUAGGCUGAAGUCCUCAGGCAGCCCCAAGCUCUUCUCCCCUCACAAGGGCAGCCAGUGAGUGGUGGCAGCCCCCAUGCCUUGGGCCAGGUUGCCUCCAUGAUUUUAUUUUUUUUGAAGCCAGGUUUCUCUGUGUAUCCCUGGCUGUCCUGGAACUCACUUUGUAGACCAGGCUGUCCUCUUCCUCCCUAGUGCUGGGAUAAAAGGUGUGUGCCACCACCGUCUGGCUGGUUUUCUUUUCUAAACAGGGUCUCGUGUCCCAGGAUGGCCUUAAAACUCCCUUGAACUUCUGAUCCUCCCAGUGCUGGCUUACAGGCAUGUGCCUACAUAUAUCUGGUGUAUGCAAUGCUAGGGACUGGAACCCAAGAGUUUGUACAUACUGAGUAAGGACUUUACUGUCUGAGCUCCAUCACCAAUCCCAAGAAAUACUGGUUUACUAUUUGUUUUCUGGUGAUGGGAUCUCAUGCAGUGUAGACUGGCCUCACACUUGAUAUGUAGGCUGACCUUGAUGUCCUGAUUCUCCUGCCUCUGCAUCUCAAAUGUUAGGGUUUUUGGAAUGUGCUAUACACCUAGUUUAGUAGGCAUUCUUUUUAAAUAUUUACAUUUCAAAUACAUGAGCAUGGACUUUCAUUUACUUGUCCACACAACUUUCUGGAGGUGAUUCUUUUCACCCUGUCAGUCCUCCUGAUCAAACUUAGGUCAUCAGGCUUGGCAACAAGUGCCUUUACCCACUGAGGCACCUCGCCUUCUCUACAAUUACUUAUUUGUGUGUUUAUGUGUGUAGGCAAGAGGACAAUUGGUGGAAGUCAGUUGUCUCUACCAUGUGGGCCCUGGGGAUUGAACUCAGGUCACUGGACUUGGCUGCACGUCUUUAUCCACUGAGCUCCAGUAAGUCAGAAGUAUUCUUUUUUUUUUAAAGUAGUUGCCGGGGGUGGUGGCACAGGCCUGUAAGGCCUGUAAUCUUAGCAUUCAGGGAGGCAGAGACAGGCCUCCCUGUCUCUGGGAAUUUAAGGCUAGCCUGUUGUACAAAUUGAGUCCAGGACAGCCAAGGCUACACAGAGAAAUUUGUCUCCUAAAACUUGCAGAGAACUGCCAGACUGUGCCUCCAGGAUACUGGGAUUAAAGUACACCAUCAAAAAAUGAAUAUAUAAGGAUUUGGUAGACAUUACCUCUAUUUAAUUAAAAUUCAGUGUUUUCUGAGAGUGAAAUAUCGUUCCCUUUUGUGGUAAUGCUCAGACUGGCCUCUUUAGAAUGUUUUCCUUUUAUAUGUUGAUAAUGGAUUAAUUAACCUCACAUACCAACUUGAAGCCCCAUCUCACCCAGCUCAUGUAUACUAGCUCCUGUUGUUACCAUGAUAAACACUCUUCAAGGAAAGUGUUUGAGUGUGCAGCGGUUAGGAUUCUAUUACUGAAUAACAAGUUGUUUGAUUCCUUGUCCUCAGUUUCCCAUCCAGACAGUAGCUUUGGGCUUGGCUAUCUGUCACUCAGGCUUUAUUGUGUACAACUACAUGACCUUACAGGGUGGGGACCCUGUUUCCCAUGGGGUCUUUUAUCACCCUUACAAUGGAAUUUGGACUACCUGGAAAUAACAGACACAGUAAGAUUUUGUUGAGUGAACAAAACUGUCAUGUGCUUUGUGAGCAAACUUUGAAGAGACUUUUCUCUGACACUGCAGUGCAACCAGCAAGUGUGCUGUCUGGUCAGCCAGUUUAUUCAUCUGAUAAGCCCCUUAAUGCCAUCAUGUACAGGCGAAGUAUCUCUUAUGGCUAGGAACAAGGGGGAUGUAAAGAAGACAGUCUGUUUUCCACAUAAUGUUUCAGAUUAUCAGCUAUCAUGGGUUUUCAUUUUCUGUGGUAGCAUUUCAGAGUGUCUCACUGUAGCCACCAGGUGGCAGCAUGUAAACAAAGAUGUUUAAUCAUCUACUGGCCUAAGGCUUUGGGGAAGAUAUUAUGUAAGUCUCCUGUUCCAGAGUCAACACUUUAAAGUAAAACAUAUACACAUCAACUCUUCUCAGCAUAUGUAAAUUGCACAAAGUAAUGGUUUCAUUAUGACUCUGUUUUUAGAGACUGUAGCCCUGGCUGUCCUGAAACUCUGCCUGCCUCUGCCUUCCAAGUGUUUGUAUUAAAGGUGUGUGACACCACUGUCCUGCCAUACAAUGUAUCUUGAUCAUAUUCACCAUUCCCCCAACAGCAUCUGGUUCAACCCUCCUCCCUGUGUCCCCACAACUUCAUGUUAUUUAUUUUUUAAAAUAGCCUAUUGAGUCCUGUUUGCUGUUAAUAAACGUGUGGGCAUGAAGACAUCCACUGGAGAGCCAUCCAUCUUCCAGGAGCCACACCCUUAGGGAAAAUGACUCUCCUUCCCCGAAAGCCGCCAGCUGUCUAUAGCUCUUCAGUUAGGGCCUGGGGUUCAUGAACUCCUUCUUAUUCCUAGCUUGGUUUAUGGGCUUGGUCUUUUCUCAGGUUCAUUUUUAUUUAUGUGUGUGUGCAUCCAUGUGCAGGUACCCACCAGGACCAGAGAAGGGUGUCCAAUCCCCUUGGAGCUGGAGCUACAGACAGUUGUAGGUCUCCUAACAUUCCAGAGGUCUCAGAACUGACCUCUGGAACUCUGAAGGAGUAUCAAGUGUCCUUAAUUUGAUCUCAUAAGUUAAUGAGUCCUGCUUCCCUCACAGGGACACCUGGGAGGAAUGAGCAGCAGUAGGCAGACAUUUCUUCAGGGUGUGAUCUUGAAAGGUGGGACUGUUUAUGGAGAUGUAACUGCUGAUGGGCAGAUGUCAGAGGAAGCACUUUCCAAGUAAGAUAGGCUGCUCAGAGGUGGCAAAAGGCUGGUCUGCAUUUCCUAUUACACCCCCCCAACCCCCCAGUCAGCCGCCUCUUUGCUUUUGCUUCUUUUUGAAAAGUAGUAAAAAAUAGUAGUUUUAUUCCUGAAGUGUGUUAAUAGGCAGGAUCUACAAUAAAUCUAUAUUGGUAGUUUUAUA